AUGGACGUUGCCGAAGACACCAAGGCAAAGGCGCCGCAUAGCAAGGCCAUGGAGCUGGAGGAAGCAAUGGCGAAGCUAUCCACAUCGAGCUCACCGAGGCGGCGAAAGGUCAAGUCGCCUAGAAGUCGCCUCAUGAUCCCGAAGAUGCCGUUCCGGCUGCUUGUCCGAGACGUAGCCUUAUCCAUCGAUCCGAACAUGCGCUUCGUGGAAACGGCGGUUGAUGCUCUUCAGGACUCUGCGGAGGCAUUCAUGACCUACAUGUUCACGCAGUCCCAGAUCGCCGCUUUGAAGGACGGCCGUACCACCGUCGAGAAGAAAGAUAUGGACCAGGUUCUUCAGGACUUGGGGGGUGUGGAAGGAGCAAGAACUGGGCGGACGAAGCCGAAGGAGGAGGGGCUUGAGAAUGGCUCGAUGGAAUGA